AUGGCGUUGUAUGCUGGUGAAUCAGUAUCAGACCGUGCCGAGAGCGAAGCGCGAGUGGUGAGCGACCAGCGAUGCAUAGAAGUUAGGAUCGCACGCGCAGCCGGCGGUCUCGGGCUAAGCAUCGCUGGCGGUCGCGGCUCCACGCCAUAUAUUGGCGAUGACGAUGGCAUCUUCAUAUCGAGGGUCACACCUGGCGGCCCGGCGUAUAUGGCUGGUCUUAGGGUGGGCGACAAAGUACUGUCAGUGAACGGCACGUCUGUCGUUGAGGUGGACCAUUACUAUGCUGUGGAAGUCCUAAAAGCUAGUGGACAAACGUUGACGCUUGUCGUCACCAGGGAUUCACCUAAUUCCACCAGGACACACAGCAGAGCGCCUAGUGGGGCGAGCCACCAUUCCGUAUCGAGCACUACUGACACAGUUUCCACUUUAGAGAAUGGACAGAUCCCAACCGGCCGAGGCAUUCCAUCCAAACCGCUGAUCAUCGGCAACCAGUACGCUCAAGAAUUCGAGCCAGAGUACAAAGAGCCGAUGAAACUGAACAACAACCAGGCGCCUGUGGUUAUCACGCCAGCUGUGAACUUCAGUCCCUCGCCCACGGGGCAGGCCGACUACCAGCGGCUUCAGGCCUCCCCGCCGCCGCCGUCCACGGCACCGUACAUUCCGCCUGUAUACCAACAAAAGGUCCUAGUCCACACGACGUUGAUCCGCGACGGAGCCGGGCUCGGGUUCAGCAUAGCGGGCGGGAAGGGCUCCCCUCCGUACCGGGACGACAGCGACGCCAUCUACAUCUCGCGCAUCUCGCCGCAGGGCGCCGCCGCCAAGGACGGCAAGAUGAUGGUCGGCGACAAGGUGGUGUCGAUCAACGGCGUAGACAUGGAGAAUGGGCGUCACGAGACGGCUGUGUCGCUGCUUACAGGACACGAGCGCUUUGUGCGACUCGUGUUACAGCGAACCAUCACCUCCGAACACGGCGAAACGCCCCCGCGCAAGUCGACGUCAGACGAAGUGAGAGAACACAAGACGAGCCUGCAGAAUGUGAACAAAUCACCGUCACCGAUACCGACACAGAUAAUACAGCCGCCGGCACCGAAACCCACCAAUCACGUUAGCGCAAUAGUCGGCAAUCACACCUCGCACCCCGCACCGCGAGCGUCCACGCAUGUCGCACCGCAGCUCGCACCGCAGCUCGCACCGCAGCUCGCACCGCAGCUCGCACCACAGCCCGCACCGCAGCCGGUGAAGCAAGCGGCGCCCGCGCCGGUCCCGCCGCAACCCGCACCGAGGCGGCUGAGUCAAACGAAUGGACAGGGCCCCAAGUCGACAACUAACAGUGCGAGCACGCCCUUAACCCCCGGCGCUCCUAACACCCACGGCUCUACAGACGACGUGUUCGAAGACAUCCAGCCGUCGCGGCCGAUCACGAACGAGGAGUUCCAAGCGAUGAUCCCGGCUCACUUCCUCGGCGGGCCGCGGCCGGUGUCCGAGCCGCCGGAAAAAGGCGUGCGCGUCACCGUCGAGAGGCCCACCGCCGGAAUCGUGAUGCCGCCGCCGCCGUCCGCCCUCGGACGUGUCACGGAGACGAUCACCAAGUCGACGUUCACGGAGACCACGGUCACGAGGAUCACGGACAACCAGCUCGUCGCGCCGCUCAUCAUCGAAGAUGUGACUUUAGUCAAAGAUGGCGGAUCUCUCGGUUUUAGCAUCAUCGGAGGAACAGAUCAUUCGUGCAUUCCAUUCGGAGGCAAAGAACCAGGAAUAUUUGUGUCCCAUGUGGUACCCGGCGGCGUGGCGGCUCGCUCCGGCAAGCUUCGCAUGGGCGACCGCAUCCUCAAAGUCAACGGUCACGAACUGACUGGUGUCACGCAUCGCGAGGCGGUCCAGUUGCUGCUACAGCCUGGUCCUACACUAGGCCUGACUGUCCGCCACGACCCACUGCCUCAGGGAUACCAGGACUUAACGAUUAUAAAGCAAGAAGGCGAAAAACUUGGCAUGCACAUAAAAGGAGGACUGAACGGCCAGCGUGGCAACCCUAACGAUCCUAACGAUGAGGGAGUCUUCAUAUCGAAAAUAAACAGUGGUGGAGCUGCAAGGAGAGAUGGCAGACUAAAGGUUGGCAUGCGUCUAUUGGAAGUGAACGGCGUUUCACUACUAGGCGCGACGCACAACGAGGCGGUGAACGCUUUGAGACAAGCCACCAACGCGCCUCUACACCUUGUGGUCUGCUACGGGUAUACGCGCCCAGAGAAGUAUACCACCGGUAGCGAGAGCGGGACAGCGGACACCGGCGGCUCUCUGUCUCACUCAACGUCGAGCCUGGACCGAGAUGAGUCGUUGCACCAUCAUCAACAGGAGCAACACUUCCAACAGGAUUUAGUUGAGUUUGAACAUGAGAAACAAGUCGCAGAAGUAAGGGAGAAGUCUACUCCUGAAAAGGUGCUAGAUAUAGUCCACGCCGUGGAAAGCAUGGCCCUAGAGCCGGCGCCGCCCACGUCGCCGGAGCCCCACCACAAGACGACCACCGUCGUCAUGUCCAAACACACCCUCCAACCUCAGUCGUCUAGUUCGCAAGCGGCUCCCCCCUCGCCGCUCGCGGUGUUCACUCAGCAGAAGGUGAAGACGCCGCCCCCCCACACCCCGCCUCCCCCGGAAGACGCCGGCACGCCCGUCGACCCGCCCCGCGCGACGCCAACCCGCCCCACGCUGCCGCCGCCGCCUCCCCCGGCCAAACAGAAACCACAAGUGCCACGAAAGCCACAGACGAAGCGAGUUAGUUUCAUCCAGGAACAAGACCGCGAACCCGCGAAACACUCGUUGUCGACGAACGAACCGAAAACGAACCCUCGAAUGUUGCAUGAAACGCAUGAGGAAACAAGAGAACCCGUAAUCGACACUAACGAUGCAUGCGCGGGUGUUAGCUCUUUACUAAUCCGAAACCGCCCGCCGAUAGCCGAGCCGGAGCUCUCGAAACCCGUCCCCCGAGCGAAUCUCGUUCUUCCCGACGAUCACAUCAUCCCCCCACCGCCUUUCUUUGAUACGGACGUAAGUGACACUAGUUAUAACGACGAUUUGUUAAUGCCACCUAUUACGAUAGUCCCUCAAAAAUUGAUUCUCCCCGAGCCCGUCGUAGCGGAAACAUCCAUGCAGUCUUCUACUACGACGAAUUCGCCAGAAAGCGAAGUGCCCCCGCCGGUCAAUUAUUUCGCUUACCCAAACCCGCAACCGAUCAUAGACGACCGUGCUCGAACAGCCAUUAUUGCAGAAGUGCCAUCGCAACAAGUCUUCCGUGCGUUUGAAUAUCCUUCUCUCAACAGUGAAGAUUAUUAUAAUGAAUUAUCUGUCAGUCCCGGCGGAGAACCAGAUCCGCCUGAACUUUUGCAUGUCCAAUAUAAAACUCUUCCGAUAGUUUCACACGUCCCUCACAGUCCUUGCAAUUUGCACCCCGACAGAUCUUACUACGACGAUGGGCCAGGUCCAACUCCCAUUCACAACUCGUUAAAAGAUUUGAGAGUCAAAAAUAUGUCACCUGGUAUGGUUCACUCGACUACAUAUCCGCCCAUUCAGCCCUUCAAUCCAUAUCCAUCUCUAACUACGGUUGCGGGGACAUACAACCCAUACACCUGCACUGUCCCCAUCAGCACAACUGAGAAUAGCAGAAGUCAUAAAGCGCAAGUGUCCCCCUCUCUCGCCAGCGCGAGAAGGGAUAUAAACGCGAACGUCACUGAGGCCGUCCCGUUGCACGCGGGCGACGUGUGCAAAAGUGGUCCGCCAGAAAGAAGAGUCCAUUUCGGCGACGUGACGACUGCGCACGACGAUGACGCAAUAUCGCAUAGUUCGGACCUCCUGAGGGAAGGCAGUUCCUCGCCCGCAUCCGCCCAGAAACCCGCAUGGAGCAGCAAAAUCAAAGCCUUCGCCAUCGGCGAGGUAAACAUCAAUGCUUCCCCGCCUCAUUCGGCAAAUUUUGUGAAGGCGUCUGUCAGCGAUAAGAAAAAAUUCUUCGAAAAUGCAAUGGAAGAAAGUCACAAGCCAUCGCCAAAACCAGAACGAGUAUUCACAUUCCUGUCAGCGGAUGAGGUGGAGAAAUUGAAGCAAGAAGAGGAGAGGAAGAUGGCCACGCUGUCACGUGCGGAGCUCCGCUCGUGGUCCCCGGGGGAGGACCGCCAGAGCGGAGACAGCUCGCACUCCGACGACGAGCCCUACGAGAAUGGCCAUAGUUACUCCCUGGGCGGCGUAAGUCCGUCAGCGAAGUCUCAAAGGAGACGCGGCGGCGAGGGCGAAGACGCGGCCACGCGCGCCGCUCGCCGCGCGGCCUGGAGAGCUGCCAGGCUACGCUCCUUGGAACAGGAGGCAAUCGAGUCACAGAAAGUGAUAAAAAGCCUCGUGGGCCCAGCCAAUGAGAUCAUUGGCGAAGUGCCACCAAGGGACAAAUCUCCGUCCGAGAAAUGGCCUCUACCACGUAUCGCAUUACGUACAAAACCGGGGCCUAUACUAGCGGUGAAGGAGAAAGAAAAAUUGUUAGACGAGCGCAUUACACUUCGCACCGAGGAGUAUGUGUGCCCCACCACCGGCGAGACUAAAGUGCGGACAGUCGAAUACAUUGAGAAAGUGAUUGAGAAAGAGGUGGAGACAACGCAAGAGAAAAUUAUAUCAUUGGAAUUGACCACUAGUCCGAGUAGCGAGACGGCGCCAGACCUUGACGACGGUGGGAUGAGUUUAGGGGAGGUCGACGGGGCCGAAACCUCGCUCCAACCCGACAUAGUUCAAGUCGUCAACCCGCUAUUGGACGGCGGCGCCGGUCGCGUCACCACCAUACCCGUGGGCCCUUCGCAACGCCUCACCGCAUACACCGACCAACCGCAGUAGAUCUCCGCACAUCGCACAUGACAUCGACAUUGCAACACUAUCCCGCGACUCGAAGUCGAAAACGAACUCGAUAGUAGAUUUCUUCAACGAAACGAACAGCGACAUGUCACUUAACGAGUUUCCAUCUACUUUAUGUAUUAUGAACUGUGAUAAUAACUUUAGAAUUCCACCGACUUCUUGUGUUACAUAAUGGGGCGACUUGAAGAAAUCCACCAACGAGGUACAUUUAUUAUGCAUUUUAUUAUUAUCACAAUUUUUAUUUUUUUAUUCUUAUGAUUUUGCGACGGAGAUUUUAGAAUUACGAUAAGUAACUUUCUAUUUUUAAAUAGAUCAUUAUUCUUGGAAUACUUUACGUAUUUAAUUUUAAUGAUGUUUUUCAUUCCGUGCAAGUUUUAAUGUUUGACUGUAGAUGAUGCUGUACCUGCUAUGAAAGUUAGGGGAUAUGAUUGAUGCUUCGCAACCUUAACAUAAGGGUGCGAGUACAUGAAGGAUAUUGUAUUGUAAAUACCAUCGAUUUAUCGCAGUAUUAAAGCUGUCGGCUCAUUGUAAGUGUACAAAACGUUGGCAUCACAUGGUGACAGGCAACAUCGGUAAACUAAACUUGUCUUAUUUAUAAUAAUUUCUUAGUUUACUUUUAAAUCUACAUGUGCAUUGUUAUUAAUUCGUGCAGUAUUUGUGUUUACUGGUGUUCUAGUAUUUUUAUAAUUUAAUAAUUUAGCGUUUUUAGUUUCUAUAUGUAUGUGGUGCCUUAUUUUUCUCAAAUGGAUUCUAUGCAAUGUUCUUAUUUUAUUAUUUAAAUGUUACAUUUUAAUCAGCAAUAUUUGAAUUUUAUUUUAUUUCAGUGGCAAUAUAAUUUGUGUACUGCUGUACAAAAUUAAUUUAAAUUGUUGCAUUUUAACCAGAAGCGAAUAGCUGUAAAAAGUGAAAAUUGUUUAUCCUAUCUAUCGUCAUUAAUCUCAUCAAAAUGUAUAUUUCCGCUGUUGAAUGUAUGGAAUUGUAUUAGCGUUUGAUUCAUAUUUAAAUGGAUGAAUUUCGGUGUAACGAUUGAAAGAAUGUUUUUUAUGUGUGUCCUUUAUACAUUUCUAAGGCUCUGUAGCGAUAUGUGAAUU